CUUGCUCCACAACUUGCUGACCUUUCUAUCCCAAAAAACCUACAGUUGGAUCUCAAAGCAGAUGAUAUUCAAAUAUUGCAAGAGCUGGGCUCUGGUUCGGGUGGAACGGUUUCAAAGGUUCUUCAUAAGCCUUCAAAUACCAUCAUGGCUCGCAAGAUUAUCCAUGUCGAGGCCAAAAACAGUGUUAGAAGACAGAUUCUCCGCGAGCUACAAAUUUUGCACAAAUGCAAUUCACCCUAUAUUGUAUCAUUCUAUGGCGCUUUUCUUAACGAAGGAGAUAUUUCAAUCUGUAUGGAGUUUAUGAACUGUGGAUCACUCGAUAAUAUUUACAAAAAAACAGGUCCGGUAUCCGAGGAUGUGACAGGCAAGAUUGCCCAUGCUGUGCUGUCGGGUCUUGUGUAUCUGUAUGACGAGCAUCGGAUCAUUCAUCGAGAUGUAAAGCCAAGCAAUAUUCUUUUAGACUCUGCUGGCCGAAUCAAGAUUGCAGAUUUUGGCGUAUCAGGGCAACUCAUCAACUCUGUUGCAAACACCUUUGUGGGUACCAGUGCAUACAUGUCUCCCGAGCGUAUUCAAGGUGGAAAAUACUCGGUGCAGUCGGAUGUGUGGAGUCUCGGGAUGACACUGAUGGAACUAGUUUUAGGAAAGUUUCCUUUUCCUCCAGAUGGAAAACCAUUGUCCGUUUUUGAAUUACUGGAGUAUAUUGUGCACGAGCCCGUGCCAACACUUCCACCGGGACACUUUAGCAAUGAGUUUGAACUGUUUAUUGCACGCAGUUUGAUUAAAGAUCCAGCUACACGACCCACACCUUCUGAACUGUUGGCGGAUGCUUUCUGUGUGACAAUAGCAGCCAAGGAUGUGGAUCUGGCAGCGUUU